CAUGGCUUCGGCUGGUAGGGGAUUCGCAGGUGCUUCUUCUAGUCCAACUGGUGGAUUCGCUGGCUUAGCCUCAGGUAGUGGUGGUUUCGGCGGUGCUGCUCCAGGAGGAGGAGCUGGUGGUGGAUUUGGUGGACUUGGUUCAGGAUCGGGUGGUGGUGGAUUUGGUGGAGUUGGUUCAGGCUCGGGAGGGUUUGGAAGCUUUGCUCCUCCUAAUAGUGGAGGUUUUGCUGGAGCAUCAGGAGGUGGUGGUUUUGGGGGUUUCGCUGGCCAAGGGCAAGGCGGUGGUGGUGGGUUCUCAGGGUUUGGUGGGAACACGGGAGGAGCAGGAGGAAAGCCAUCGGAACUCUUCACACAGAUGAGAAAAUGAGACGAAAGAUGUAUUAUAUGUUAAAAUGAGAAUGGCAUGCGAGCAAAGUCUCUGAUUCACUUUAGAUCUAAUCUGGUAGCUAUUAUAUCGAGUUUGUAUGUUCAUCUACAUUAAUGAAAACGUUUGUUUGUGUACUCAAUUUCUUAGUUAUGUGAGCGGACCCUUGCAGACUAAACUCCCACGUGGCUCAUGCCUUUGGUCAUCGGCUAAUAGCCUACAUACGAGUGCGCUUUUUCAUCAUUGUGAAAACCGAUUUUAGCUUGUUUAUUGUUUUUAUAACAUGAUAACAUAGAUAUCUAUUCUUAUUUAAUCUAGAACUGAUAUACAUAUAAGAAUAUAUCACAUGUUGCAAAAAUGAUAAAAUGAUUUUGAAUUGGGGGAGUUGUGUAAACAAACUGAGCAAGGGAAAAAUAAAAGAGGGGGAAGGAGUAGAGAGAGAGAGAGAGGCAUUAUUCCAGGAAACAUUUAUUACAGUGUGUCCCCUUGGUUAUAAUUUAAUUUAAUUUUGGGCUAAAGAGAUAUUUAAUUUUCUGCGAAAAUAUAAAUGUUAUUGUUUUGCUCUUGUUCGAUUCGAUUCGAUGUGAUCCCGCGCCAACAAAGACUCUUUUCUUCUUCUACUCGUGAAAAUUCGAGAGAGAGACGAGAAAUAGAGAUAUACAGAAGAGCCGCAUUUGAAUUUACUGCUUCUGGGUCUCCUCCGAUUCCGACAAGUUUAGAAUUUUUAAUCGAAUCUUAGGUUUUGUCCCCAGAAGAAUUUGUGGGGAUGAAUUUGGGGGAAUUGAACAAGGUGUGGGAGAUAAAGGCGUUGAAGAAGAAACCGAAGGAAGAAGAAGCGAGGAAGAUUCUGGAGAAAGUGGCGAAUCAGGUUCAGCCCAUUAUGACUCGACGCAAAUGGCGUGUCAAGCUUCUCUCCGAAUUCUGCCCAACGAAUCCAAGGCUUUUGGGAGUGAAUGUUAAUAGAGGCGUUCAUGUCAAAUUGAGGCUUCGGAGGGUAAACCACGAUGGAGAUUUCUUAUCCUAUCACGAGAUCCUUGACACUAUGCUCCACGAGCUUUGCCACAAUGCUCAUGGUCCUCACAAUGCUAGUUUUUAUAAGCUUUGGGAUGAACUUCGAAAGGAAUGUGAGGAGUUGAUGUCAAAGGGUAUCACAGGGACAGGCCAGGGCUUUGAUGUUCCUGGCAAGCGCUUGGGUGGCUUUUCUCGUCAGCCUCCCCUCUCUUCUCUUCGCGUAACAGCAGCUAAAGCAGCUGAAAAGAGAGUGCGUGCGGGUAAUUUGUUACCCUCAGGACCUCAACGCCUUGGUGGUGAUAGCAGCAUUAUGUCAGAUCUUACCCCAAUCCAGGCUGCUGCAAUGGCUGCUGAAAGGCGUUUACUUGAUGACAUCUGGUGUGGUUCCCAGUCCGCAGAGGCUUUAGAAGACCAAGAGAAUUAUAGUGACGCAUGUGCGGAACCUGUUGUUUCGGUAAGGUCAGCAAAAAGAAGCAGUAGCUGCUCAAAUGCUACCAGUUCAUCAUGCCCUCCAUCUUCCUGGGGAUCAGAUGUCAUUGAUUUAACAGAGGAAGAAGCUUCUGAAAGUAGUAGAUGUAGUAAAAGAAGUUGCAACCCAGCUGGUGAUCAAGGUCCUUCGUCUUCCUCCAAAGAUGAACCAAUAUCUGGUGUUAUGAAAUCAUCAGAAACUUCACCAUCCACCAGUUGCAAUGAAAACCAAGGCAGAGAAGAAAGUGCAAUGUGGGAGUGUGCAGAAUGCACCUUAUUGAACCCGUUGUUGGCUCCAAUAUGCGAGCUAUGCACUGCGGCAAAGCCAAAGGAAAGAGAAAUGAAGAACAAAGUAUGGUCUUGCAAGUUCUGCACUCUUGAAAACGAGGUGAAUCUGGAGAAAUGCGAGGCUUGUGGUCAGUGGAGAUACUCGUAUGGACAACCAUUGUCGACUCGUGCUCCUAAUGUCGGCACUUGAGGGAGUUCCUAUUGUGUUGUACUCGAAGUGAGGUACUGGGAAUGGGUUGGUUCUCGAAGUUUAUGAGGGAGUUCAUGCUCGUUGGUGAGGUAGGCCUCGAAGUUUGUAUGUUGGUUAAUAUGACUAGUAGAUUUUCUUUAUCAUUGUCCCAGAAUGCCAGUCUCAAGUACAUGGGAAUGGGAUGGUUCUUAAGAUCUUUUGACUAAGUCCAUUAUUAAUUGUGUGCUGCCUCUUCUCUGCGUUUGGGAUGUAUCUCUUUCACUCGAAUGGAAUUUAUGGAUUUGGCACAUGGUAGACUA